GCUUGAAUAUUUUUUAGUUUGGCAGUUUUAGUUUUAAUUGAAGCUCAACUCUAGUCGCACACGUAAAUCAGAUGUUAAUGAAGUGUUGAAUGUGGAAGAAGAAGAAGUGGAAAUUUAGUUUCAAAGUGACGCAGUGGUACACACACUCAUUUACAAUUACAUAUACAUAUUUACGGGUUAAACAAAGCAAACGGUAUGCAAUGCCAAGUUGUUGGUGCGCCUGAGUGUUUGCUACUCUAAAAUAGAUAAAAUCACUAAACAAGGUUAAUUAGUGUAAAAUAAGAAAAAGUAAAAAAUAAAAAACAAAAAACAAAAACAAAAAAGUGGUAAAGUGCAAACAUCGCGAAGAGUCUCUUCCCUGUCUCCGUACCCUGGUAUUCAUCGAAGAUGAUUCAUUGGUCGUUAAUAGUGAGCUUCAUUGGAUUGCUGACAGCUGCUUUAGGCGCCUAUUGUGGCUGGUUCCUGUUUCCCAGCAUGGUGGACAAGAAGGUUGAGGAGAGUGUCAUUAUUGCGGAUGGCUCAGAACAGUACAAGCGGUUCGUGCAACUACCCCAGCCGUUGACCUUCAAGGUGUAUAUCUUCAACGUAACCAAUGCACAAAAGAUUCAACAAGGUGCCAUGCCCAUUGUAGAGGAGGUUGGGCCGUACGUAUACAGACAAUAUCGGCGCAAAAAAGUGAAACACUUUUCACGCGAUGGCUCUAAGAUCAGCUAUGUGCAGGAUACACGUUUUGAAUUUGAUGAGGAGGCAUCUGCGCCCUACACCCAAUCCGAUCGUAUUGUGGUGCUUAAUAUGCAUAUGAAUGCGUUUUUACAAGUAUUCGAAAGAGAAAUUACUGAUAUCUUUCAGGGUUUCGCGAAUAGAUUAAAUCACAGGCUCAACCACACACCAGGCGUUCGUAUAUUGAAACGUCUGAUGGAGCGCAUACGUGGGAAACGUAAAUCGGUGCUACAGAUCUCGGAAAACGAUCCGGGCUUAUCGCUGUUGCUGGUUCAUUUGAAUGCAAAUUUGAAGGCCGUCUUCAAUGAUCCAAAAUCAAUGUUUCUCGAUACAACAGUGCGUGAGUUCCUCUUCGACGGUGUGCGUUUCUGCGUCAAUACCAAUGGCAUUGCCAAGGCGAUUUGCAACCAAAUCAAAGAGGGUGGCUCCAAGACGAUACGCGAACUGAGUGAUGGCAGUUUAGCCUUCUCGUUCUUCAAUCACAAGAACGGUACAGGUAAAGAAGUGUACGAGGUGCAUACCGGUAAAGGUGAUGCCCAGCGUGUGCUCGAGAUACAAAAGCUGGACGAUUCACAUAAUCUGCAGGUGUGGCUAAAUGGUUCCGAAGGCGAAACUUCUAUGUGUAAUCAGAUUAACGGCACCGAUGCUUCAUCGUAUCCGCCAUUCCGCAAACGUGGCGAUUCAAUGUACAUCUUCAGUGCGGACAUCUGUCGUUCGGUGGAAUUAUUCUAUCAGAGUGACAUACAAUAUCAGGGCAUACCGGGUUUUCGAUAUUCAAUCGGCGAGAAUUUCAUCAAUGAUAUCGGUCCUGAGCACGACAACGAAUGCUUCUGCGUCGAUAAACUGGCGAAUGUGAUAAAACGGAAGAAUGGUUGCCUAUACGCAGGCGCUUUGGAUCUGACAACGUGUCUGGAUGCUCCGGUAAUAUUAACAUUGCCACAUAUGCUGGGCGCCUCCAACGAAUACACGAAGAUGAUACGUGGCUUGCGACCGGAUGCGAAAAAGCAUCAAACAUUCGUGGAUGUACAGCAUCUCACUGGUACUCCACUGCAAGGUGGCAAACGCGUCCAAUUCAACAUGUUCUUGAAGAGUAUCAACCGUAUCUCAAUAACCGAAAAUUUAAGCACUGUUUUGAUGCCGGCAAUUUGGGUGGAAGAGGGCAUUCAACUCAAUAGCGAAAUGGUUGCAUUUUUCAAAAAGAAACUUAUCAACUCUCUAAAGACGCUUAACAUUAUUCAUUGGGCGUCGCUGUGUGGAGGCAUCGGAGUCGCAGCUAUAUGUCUAAUAUAUUACGUAGUGCAACGUCGGCGGCCGGAAACGGAAGUGGCGCCACUUAAAUAAAAAUAAUAACAUGAAGCUAUAUCAGCUUAUAGUUAUGUAUAUAACGGAUACGAUCUUUUAAUACCGAAUUUAAGUUUGUUAUUCCUUAUUUAAUUUAGUUUACUUAAUUUUUAAAUUAUCUGUAUGAUUCCAUGUACCUUAAAUUGUUUAUGUUUG